AUGACUUUAUUUAGAUUAAAAUCUGCUCCGUUUGUAAUUAUAGAAGAUGAUGCCAAUAAGAAUAUUAUACCUUUAUUGGAAGAACUUGUGCAAGAAGAGAAAUGUAUAAACUUAUUUUGUUAUGAACAACCAAGCAGUCUUUGGAGAAAUGUUUUCAUAAAUUCCAACGUUAAAUAUCACGAUGAGUUUAACCCAGAUAUGUACAAUAUGUAUACAAGUGAAAAGUGUUCAUUGAUAAUAGAUUCUAUAAAUCAAAUGGCUCUUUGUAUGGGUUGGAAUCAUUGUCUUCAAUACUUGAAGCUUUUACAAAGUAACCCAAAUGUUAACAGAUUAGUGCUUAUACUGCACAAGGACUGUUUACCUCACAAUUCUAAACUACAAACACAUCUAAAUCAUUUAGUGAAUGUCGUGAUAUCAUAUGAUAAAACCAAUCCGCACAAAGUGUGGAUAAGGUUAAAAAAAGGUAACAAAAUUAUAAGGAGUGAGGAGAUACUGGCAUAUGACACUAAGACAUCAGUGCUGAGUUUGAGCCCUGUGAUAAGACAGGCGGAAAAGGAAGAAGAACCAGAAAAGCCAUUACCUGCUAAUUUAUCUACAUUCAAGAUAGAAGUGGGCCAAAAUGAGAAGAUACAGAAAUAUAACUUGAAAUUGCCGUACAUGAGUAAAAUACAUGAAGGAGAGAGUAAAGUGUAUUACGAACCUGAUGCAGUAGAUGACUGGGAUGAAGAGGAUCCUGAUGAAGAUCUUGAUAUUUGA